AUCCAAAUCUCUAAAAAGAAAUACAAAAGCAGUAAUAGAUACUGGACUUAAAAAAACUAUACAAGGCCCUAGAGUGGAAGAUCCAGAAAAAGAAUAUGUUCUUGAUCCAAGACCACCACCAUUAACUUUAGACAUAACACUUCACUUUCUAUCCAAAGGAAGCCCACAGGGUGACACUUCACCCAUUCCCUCAUUUGGAGGUGGUUUGGGGGUGGACGCUGGUGCUCAUUGCCCCUGCCAGCACUGUGCCCCAGCUGCAGCAGCUCCCACUGGGACGCGAGCUCCAUGUUUGAUCCCGAGGGGACACACGGUGAGCUCUCAAAUAUUGCUGAGGUAAGGAAUUGGUCCUGACAAUAAUUAUACACCCUAAGAAUUUUUAGCAAGGGAAGAACCUGAUUGAUACGCAUUCUGUGAAGGUCACUGGCAGCAAAAAAAAAAAAGAAAGAGAAAGAGCUAAACUGGAAGAAGACAACACUGAAGACUGAAAGAUAAAUUUGGUGAAAAGUGAGGACAUUUGGCCAAUACAUGUGAAAACCUAGUAUUCUUCAACUUUUCUUCCUAAAAAUUGGAUAGCAGUCCUGCCUACUAUAGAGAAUAUUGUGAACAUGAAAUAGGGGAAGGCAAUUCUUCAUAAAUAAAAGCGUAAACACAAAUGGAAGGUAUUAUUACUGUUGACGUCUAUGCACCAUGGAAGAGCAGUAUUCCACAUAUGGUGGAAGUAUGUGCACAGAAGCUGGGCCUGUUUGAACCUCCCCCACCGCCACUAUCCUCAGAUGAAUGGGAAAAUGUAAAACAAAGAUCCAUCCGGCAAGGGGACUCUGUGCAGCCAUGCCCAAUAUGCAAAGAAGAAUUUGAACUUCGCCCCCAGGUGCUGCUUUCAUGUUCACAUGUGUUUCACAGAGCAUGCCUCCAGGCUUUUGAGAAGUUCACAAAUAAAAAAACCUGCCCUCUCUGCAGAAAGAACCAGUAUCAAACCAGAGUGAUUCACGACGGAGCCCGGCUAUUCAAAAUAAAGUGUGCAACAAGGGUCCAAGCCUGCUGGAGGGCACACGUGGUCAGAAAGUGGUACCAAGACCUGAGGAGAAAGGUUCCUCCCACAGAUGCCAAGUUGAGGCGAAAAUUCUUUGAAGAAAAGUUCACAGAGAUCAAUCACCGCAUACUGUGCUCCUACAACACAGACAUAGAGGACCUCUUCUGGGAAAUCGACCACUGCCUGGCCACAAACCGAAGUGUUCUUCAGCAGCUGGAGGACAGGUGUGGCCGUGAGCUCACAGAAGACGACUGGGAGAAGAUCCAGAUCCAGGCUCUGCACCCGGAGACCUCUGAGUGCCCCAUCUGCCUCACCCCGCUGCCAGCCAGCAGUGAUGGUCACCAGGACCCAUCGGAGACGCGCUGCAGCCAGGCUUCCCGGGAAAGAGCCCUCCUGCCCUGCUCACAUGUGUUCCACCACACGUGUCUCCUUGCUCUGGAGGAGUUCUCACUGGGGGACAGCUCUCCUUUCCAUGCUUGUCCCCUCUGCCGCUCUGGCUAUCAAAAGAAAAUUCUUAAAUGCUGAAUUCACAGUCAGGAAAAAUUCUAUCAUUCCCAGGCGGUGGUGGGGGGCGGAUUUACCUCAAUCUUGUACCAGCUGUAUGAGUUUGGGGUUAAGUGCUACAGUGUAAUCUGCUCUCCAAUGAAAUAUACUCUUAGUUGUACAUAGGAACCCUAAAUAUAUUUUAAAAGCUGACAACCUAUCCAGUUUUAGUCUUUAGUUUAUAAAAAUUUUUAAAUUGAUGAGUUUAAUCAGUUGAAAUAAGUGAGGAAUGGAUAAAAACUUGAGUUUCAGAGGUUCUAUAAUUUAGUGACUUGCUAUGCUUCUAGCUGAUCAGUUGGGAUUGCUCCAAACAGCAGGAUCACUCUCUUUCACGGUCGUCUGAUUAACUGGCCUAUUUCCACGUGGUCCUAACUGGCAGCUGGGGGACCUGCCAGGACGGUCGCAGCACACUGUUCCCAUGCUCCCCCGUGUACACGCUUACCUAGAUAUACCUGGUGUCUGACCGACAAGCUGGUAACCUAAAAACAGUCUUCAAGUUGUCUUGGGCCCUCUGCCAUUCCUAACAUUUGUUUUGUAGUAAUUGCUUUAUUUCUAUGGGAUAAAUUACUAUUAUACUUCAGCACUUCAAAUAUGUAAACCCAAAGUAUAAAAAUAAAAUAUUCAGUGGUAUUCAACAUCAGAAGAUGGCAAAUCACAUUUUAAUGACUUAGAGCCAUACUAUUUUAGCUUGUACGUGAAGAAGAAAUGCAUGAAACCACUUUGAUGGGAAGCAUCUGACUCUGGUUUACUCUUCCUGGGAGCUUGGUUGUUUACAGUAACAAAGGACAGUUGUGUAGGUCAGGUGCCUAGCUGCUGUAGCAGGUAAGGCCCCACCUUUCAGUGGCUCAGAGGGAAAACCGUCCUUUCUGAGCCCCACAGCCCAUAGGCAAUGGGCUGAGGGCUGAGGGGCUGAGGGGUUGCUCUAAGUGGCUCCUCUGCCCUGAGUCUGUGGGUGUUCUCAUUGCUGCGGAAGAGCAGAGAUGUUCUAUGGCCCAUGCUUGGGCAAACGGGUGCACAUUCCUUCAGCCACAGCUAACGAUGGGGCAGAGCCAGUGAGUGAGAACCCGGGAGGAAAAAGACGCAGGUCACCAAGCCCAGGUACAUGCAUGUCAAGGGUGUAGGGCAAGCCUGAUAUCUUAUGGAAAGAAGUAAAAUAUGUAUUCCUAUUUUUUUUUAAUCUCAUCCUUUUCAAAUGCUGGUCUGAUAUGUUUUAUUUAUAAACAGCUGUAUACACACAUAUCAUUUAUGAAUACAUACACAUAUAUUGGGCUGUGCUCAUUUCUUAAAUGAUGGAAUAUCCCAUUGCAAAAUUUGGACAAGAAAAAUUUGCCCAAAAUUUGUUACAAUCGUCCCCCUUCAUCCAUAGGAGAUGUGUUCCAAGACCCCCAGUGGAUGCAGAAAACUGCAUAUGGGGACCAAACCCUAUUUUUCUACUACAUUUUCUCCUAUACAUACAUACCUAUGAUAAAGAUCAAUUUAUAAAUUAGGCUGCAGUAAGGAAUUAACAAUAAUGAUAAAUAGAACAACAUACUCUAAUAAAAGUCAGGUGAACAUGGUCUCUCUCUCCAAAUAUCUUCUUGUGCUGUACUUACCUUCUGGUGAUGAUGAAGUUGUAAGAUAAAAUGCCUACAAGACAAGGUGAAGGAAGGUGAAUGAUGUCGGCCCUGCGAUGCAGCAUCAAGUUAUACUACUGGUCUUCUGAUGACCCGUCAGGAGGAUCAUCUGCUCAGGACUAUGGAUGGGGGGGUGU